AUGCCAACAAAAAAAUCUUCUGCUAUUGUUUUUUGUGAUUUUGACGGUACAAUAACUUCAUGUGAAACAUUUGUUGGUGUAUUAAAACAUUUUUCUCCAAUAUUAUCAAAUGAAUUAUUACCAAAAAUUCUUUCUAAAGAAGUAACAUUACGUCAAGGUGUAAGACAAAUUGUUGAAUCAAUAUCAUCAUCUGUUUAUCCUGAUGAAUUACUUGAUUUUGUUAAAGAUAAACCAAUACGUCCAGGUCUUUCAUCAUUAAUUGAUUAUCUUGAUAGUCGACAUAUUCCAUUUAUUGUUGUUUCUGGUGGUAUUCGAUGUUUAGUUGAAGCUGUUCUUAAACGUGAAAAUUUAUUCGAACGAUGUUCAAAAAUUUAUGGUAUUGAUAUUGAUGCAAAUCAAGAAAAAUUAAAAGUUAUAUCAGAAUGGGAAACAGGAAAUGAAUUAGUAGCAAAAGUCAAUAUAAUUAAACAAGAAUGUCAAAAUAAUGAAAAAAUAAUUGUUAUUGGAGAUUCUCUAACUGAUUUAAAUGCAUCAAAAUGUGCAAAUUUAGUUUUUGCACGUGAUGCUUUAUGUCAUUAUUUAAAAGAGGAAAAUAUUGAAUUCAUUGAAUGGAUAGAUUUUGAAGAUAUAAAAAAUAAACUUCAACUAAUGGAAGAUCGUUUUCUAUUUUAG